AUGCCGGAUUUCGCAUGGGCGCCUCUGUAUGAGGAGGAUGCCUUUGCUAAUGGUUAUGGCUGCAUUGAUGCUGUCCGUAUCAAGGACGGUCAUGCAGAUUUCAACCAACGAUAUGUCCGCACAGAGAGGUUUGUGGUCGAAGGAGCUGCGCGUCAAGCCGUCUUCGGGAAAUACCGUAACCGCUACACUGACAACCCCCGCGUUAAACACAAAACUCAUUCCACGGAAAAUCCGCAUCUUAUAUACUUUGAGAAUCAAGUCCUAGUUCUCAAGAAGGGUUUUAUUCCUUAUGCCCAAGUACCUCUGAUACUUCCAUCGGUUGAACAUUAA